AUGUCAGCAUCAACAAUGUUGAGGCGAGAAAACAGACCACAGAAUACUCUCGCUCAACAAAAGUUAGAAUUGUUGAUGUCUAGAGGACAACAAAGUGAUUGGUCCAUCAAUGAUUUCGAAAUUGGAAGGCCUCUUGGAACUGGGAAAUUUGGAAGAGUCUAUCUCGCAAGAGAAAAGAAAACACAUUUCAUUGUUGCUAUUAAAGUAAUGUACAAGUCACAUUUAGCAAAAGCAGAAAUAGAACACCAAGUUAGACGCGAAAUCGAAAUACAAUCUCAUUUAAGACAUCCCAAUAUUCUUCGAUUAUACGGAUUUUUUUACGACAAAGCUAAAAUAUAUCUAGUUAUGGAGUAUGCACCAAAUGGUGAGUUGUUUAAAAUACUUAGAGAAAAUGAUCGUUUCGAUGAAGAGACUUCUGCUUUUUACAUAAUGCAAAUUGUAGAAGCAAUCAAAUACUGCCAUUCUAAAGGUGUUAUCCAUAGAGAUAUCAAGCCAGAAAAUAUUUUAAUCGGAUCAGAUGGCAACCUAAAAAUUUCAGAUUUCGGAUGGUCUGCAUCUAUUUCAAAUACUAACAGAAGAUCAACUCUUUGCGGGACUCUUGAUUAUCUUCCACCUGAAAUGCUCAAUGGUGAGAAGUAUGAUUUCGCUGUUGAUAUUUGGGGAAUAGGUGUUCUACUUUAUGAAUUUUUAACAGGAAAUGCUCCAUUUGAAGAGCCUGAACGCGAUAAAACAAUCGAGAGGAUCAAAUCUGUAAAUAUUAAGUUCCCAGAUGAUAUGCCAGAAUUAGCAAAAGAUCUUAUACAGAAACUUUUGCAAAAAGAUCCUACAAAGCGUAUAUCUUUGGGUGAGGUUGGAUCUCAUCCAUGGAUACUUCAAUGGAUAUAG